GACAACAGAGACACCAAUGGAGACGCAUAUCAGAGCAACUACUCAACUACUAGUCACUGAAGUUAGAAUCAUACAGUAGAUAUUACCAUUAGGAGUCAGUUAGAAAGGUAAUCAUACAGCAGAUAUUACCAUUAGGUGUCAGUUAGAAAGGUAAUCAUACAGUAGAUAUUACCAUUAGUAGUCAGUUAGAAAGGUAAUCAUUAUUAAGAUAAUACUAUAAGUAAAAGUUGAAAUUAUAUAUACUACAAUAAAUGGUCAGACAGUCUGAAUUAGUUGAUGAAUUGAUUGAUUGGGGUCAUCAUUGAUAUUUGGUACGGUUAGUUAAGAUGGCCGACUACAUCAACAAACAGGUGAUUGUAUUAAAAGAAGUUAAUGAAGAAAACCGGAACGGAGCAACGAGGAGCGUGAAGACUGAGACCCAUCUCUCAGAUAGAAGACUAAGACUCUACAGGCUGGCUGCUGGGUGUUUAGGAGUGCUGUGUGUUCUACAAGUCACUCUCAACAUCUCCCUGAGACUGGCUUUCUAUAACAGAGGCAAUGUGACUGUAGAGAAAGACCUGCUACAGACCAGUUACAACACCCUGACUAAAGAGAGAGACCAGCUACAGAAGGAAAGAGAUGAUGUCAUUACAAAGUUCUCAAAUCUGAAACAAACCUGUCCUGAAGGCUGGCAGAUUAAGUUGGAAUCCAGUUGGUACUUCCUGUCUACUGAGACUAAAACCUGGAAGGAGAGCAGACAGGACUGUCUGAAGAGAGGAGCAGACCUGGUGAUCAUAAACAGUGUGUUGGAACAGGAGUUUCUCUUCAGCUUCAAUAAGAGAGCCUGGAUUGGUCUGACUGACUCUGUUACUGAGGGGGGCCUGGAAAUGGGUGGACGGCACCCCACUGACCACCCCAAGUUACUGGUACUCACAGCAACCUGAUAAUGGUCGUGACGACCCAAAAUAUGGGGAGGAGGACUGUGUUGAGCUGAACACAGAAACCUGGCGUCCUGUAAAGGCAUGGAAUGACCAGUCAUGUUUACUCAAUCGUUACUGGAUUUGUGAGAAAGUGGUUUAACAUCACCAUGACAACAGAGGAGGCUGGUGGGAGGAUGCGCACACAUACAGCACCCUACAGUGCACACAACUUCAUUCUCUCUCUCUCUAAGACACACCAACACACUGCUGGUACUGCACUGAGGGGCAAAACAACCUGAUAAUGGUGGUGUACCAAGAUAUAACAAGGACUGUGCUGAUGGUAAUAUUGGGCAUUCUGAACCUGUAUAUAAAUAUUAUGGCAUAUCAUUUACCUCUCAACAUAACUGGAUUUGUGAAGAGUUAUACAGUAGCUCAUUAUAUAGUAGUGCUACAGUGCUAAUGCAUCUCUCUCUAGUUAAACAGUGUGUAGACAUACUGUCAUCUGUAAAAUUAUUGUAUUCAUUGUUUUAAAUAGAAACAUGUUAUGUGAUUUUUUUCAUAAUCAAUUAUUAGCAUAAAUCACUUCAGUAAGAAGAUGAACUCAGGCUCAGAUGAAGUAAGAAAGGAACCUAUCAGGUUUACCAGCUUCCUGAUUGAAUGUGAUUGGAUUGUCAAAACAAUGUGACUUGCAGUUGGACACAGACAGAAGGCAGAACAGUACUGAGAGGAUACCUGCUGCACGCAGGCAAACACACACACACACACACACACCUGUGAAGUUCCCUUUUCUGAUAAAGAUGCAGACAGCUAUCAUGUUAUAUCACUGUGUUUAGAACAUCCUGUAAUGUAUAACUUCCUGCUUGAAGGUGAUUGGAUACUUAAAAAAUGAUAUCAACCGUAGUGGACAACAGACAGAGAUCAGAGAGGAAUCUGGUGGAGAUCCACAUCAGAGCAACUACUCAACUACUAGUCACUGAAGUUAGAAUCAUACAGUAGAUAUUACCAUUAGGAGUCAGUUAGAAAGGUAAUCAUACAGUAGAUAUUACCAUUAGGAGUCAGUUAGAAAGGUAAUCAUACAGUAGAUAUUACCAUUAGGAGACAGUUAGAAAGGUAAUCAUACAGUAGAUAUUACCAUUAGGAGUCAGUUAGAAAGGUAAUCAUACAGUAGAUAUUACCAUUAGGAGACAGUUAGAAAGGUAAUCAUACAGUUUGUUUCUAAACUAUGACAUGGCAUUGCUUCUAUAAAAUCUACAUUGUGAGGAUGCUAUGUUCUGUGUUGUGUUCUGUGCAGUGGCCAUAGAGACUAUAAAACAUUAACAUUUAAACUUAGGUUAACAGAAAGAAGAAAACAUUAAGGUAAUAUGUAGACGUUUUAGCUUUGCUUUCAGACUCUUAACCCCUAAUCUGAUAAAACAUGUGCAAACUCUACACUCGGUGCCAAUGCUUAGCUAGUCUUACUAACAAUAUUUCAGGUCUGAUAUCAAUCAGCGUUUUCACACUGACCACAUUAAUUAAGCUUUCAGCUAAUAUAAUACACUUAUAUGUACCUAAACGUUUAAAAUCAAUAUUAACUCUUAGAAUUUAUUUGAAUUACUCGCCCUCCAGUUUAACCGGAAGUUGUCCCGCAAGCGGGAGGCCUAUCCCUAACAUGAAUAGACUGUUUAGAGGGAAUUGGACAAAGCUGAAACCGAUACAGUUUUGUGACCGAUCCAAAAGGCUGCUUAUAAUCUAUUGGCAAAAAUGAAUUACAACAAAAUGAUAAUACCAUGUAGCAUGUAAAUGCAUGUACUCACAGUUAAUUACCCAAUUUUAGGGAAGAUGUUAAUGUUCAACAAACAGCUGUAGAUGAUAAUAUAAUUAACACAUUUAAACAAGAUGUGGAUGUGACCUAUAUGUAGAUAUUUCUGUAAUUUCUCACAAAUCCAGCGCAUCAUGUGGUUGCACAGUGCAUCGCCAAAACGCCACUCUUUCAGUACCAAGAGACAACACACACACAGCGUCCACCAUAUUGGUUUUCAGAUAUUCAGAUUCUGGGUUGCGUUCCAAUAAUCUCUUCUUUCUGCUGAAGUGUACGCUCAUCUACUAUUUCCCAUGAAUCUAAAAGCCUUGGGUCGGUGAAGGCAUGUGGGCUAGAGGGAAAUCACAUAUACUGGUGGUUUCCUAUCAAAUCCAUAAAGGGAAGUGAACAAGCGCACACUUCUGGAGAAAAUGUUGAGUAUUGGAAACCACCGCUUGCCUCAUUCUCAAAACGCAUUUGGAGAGAAUAUUCAAGGUCCCUCCCCUCAGAAGUUCUCCUCCAAUGUGUUUUCAGAAGGAUUCAAGGACAGGCAGCGGCGACCCGUCAUUCAGGGCAGGUGGGGCAGAGCUUUAAUUUUAGCAUGAAUUCUUGUCACAUAUCAGAUAAUUCUUCUCUCCCUUGCUUUCUCCCUCUCUCUCUUUCUCUCUCUCUCUCUCUCUCUCUCUCUCUCUCUCUCUCUCUCUCUCUCUCUCUCUCUCUCUCUCUCUCCCCCCUCCCUCCCUGUCUCCCUCCCUGUCUCCUCCCUCCCUCUCUCCCCUCUCUCUCCUCUAUUCUGACCUCUCCCUCAUGUCACAUAUCAGUUAAUUCAUGUUAUACAGUGCCUUGCAAAAGUAUUCAUCCCCUUUGGUGUUUUUCCUGUUUUGUUGCAUUACAACCUGUAAUUUAAAUGGUUUUUAUUUGGAUUUCAUGUAAUGGACAUUCACAAAAUAGUCCAAAUUGGUGAAGUGAAAUGUAAAAAAUUACUUGUUUCAAAGAAAUAAAAAACAGAACAGUGGUGCAUGCAUUAUGUA